AUGACGGAGGAAGGGCAGCAGAGCCGCGAGCAGAGGCUGAGCCGGGGAGGCGUCACCCCACCCCAGGCCCCCCACGGCUCCUGGCGCUGCGGGGCCCAGUCCAGGGCCACCAGAGCUGGCCUGCCCUGGAGCGGGCAGCAGAAGCCCACCACAGGGCUUGAAAGUCCUACAACCCAUUGCCCUUCCUGGGAGCUGGGCUGCAGGAGAGAUGCUCUGCCUCCUGCUCCUCUCCCUCCUCCUCCCCCUCCUCCUCCUCCUCCCCCUCCUCCUCCUCCCCCUCCUCCCCCUACCCCUCCUCCCCCUCCUCUCCUUCCUCCUCUCCUUCCUCCUCUCCUUCCUCCUCUCCUUCCUCCUCUCCCUCCUCCUCCUCCCCCUCCCCCUCCUCCCCCUCCUCCCCCUCCCCCUCCUCCCCCUCCCCCUCCUCUCCCUCCUCCUCCCCCUCCCCCUCCUCCCCCUCCUCCCCCUCCUCCCCCUCCCCCUCCUCCCCCUCCUCCCCCUCCCCCUCCUCUCCCUCCUCCUCCCCCUCCCCCUCCUCCCCCUCCUCCCCCUCCUCCCCCUCCCCCUCCUCCUCCUCCUCCCCCUCCCCCUCCUCCCCCUCCUCCCCCUCCUCCCCCUCCUCCCCCUCCUCUCCCUCCUCCUCCUCCCCCUCCUCCUCCUCCCCCUCCUCUCCCUCCUCCUCCUCCCCCUCCCCCUCCUCCCCCUCCUCCCCCUCCUCCCCCUCCUCCUCCUCUCCCUCCUCCUCCUCCCCCUCCUCCUCCUCCUCCCCCUCCUCCUCCUCUCCCUCCUCCUCCCCCUCCUCCCCCUACCCCUGCUCCCCCUCCUCUCCUUCCUCCUCUCCCUCCUCCUCCCCUUCCUCCCCCUCCUCCCCCUCCUCCCCCUCCUCCCCUCCCUCCUCCCCCUCCUCCCCCUCCUCCCCCUCUCCCUCCUCCCCCUCCUCCCCCUCCUCCCCCCCCCCCUCCUCCCCCUCCCCCUCCCCCCCCUCCUCCCCCUCUCCCUCCUCCCCCUCCUCCCCCUCCUCCCCCCCCCCCUCCUCCCCCUCCCCCUCCUCCCCCUCCUCCCCCUCCUCCCCCUCCUCCCCCUCCUCCUCCUCCCCCUCCCCCUCCUCCCCCUCCUCCCCCUCCUCCUCCUCUCCCUCCUCCUCCUCUCCCUCCUCCUCCUCCCCCUCCCCCUCCUCCCCCUCCUCCCCCUCCUCCUCUUCCCCCUCCUCCCCCUCCUCCCCCUCCUCCCCCUCCUCCCCCUCCCCCUCCUCCCCCUCCCCCUCCUCCCCCUCCUCCCCCUCCCCCUCCUCCCCCUCCUCCUCCUCCCCCUCCUCCUCCUCCCCCUCCCCCUCCUCCCCCUCCUCCCCCUCCUCCUCCUCCCCCCCCCCCCCUUCCCCCUCCUCCCCCUCCUCCUCCUCCCCCUCCUCCCCUUCCCCCUCCUCCCCCUCCUCCCCCUCCUCCUCCUCCCCCUCCUCCUCCUCCCCCUCCUCCCCCUCCUCCCCCUCUCCCUCCUCCUCCUCCCCCUCCUCCCCCUCCUCCUCCUCCCCCUCCUCUCCCUCCUCCUCCUCCCCCUCCCCCUCCUCCCCCUCCUCCCCCUCCUCCUCUCCCUCCUCCUCCUCCCCCUCCUCCCCCCCCUCCUCCUCUUCCUCCCCCUCCUCCCCCUCCUCCUCCCCCUCCUCCCCUUCCUCCCCUUCCUCCCCCUCCUCCCCCUCCUCCUCCUCCCCCUCCUCUCCCUCCUCCUCCCCCUCCUCCUCCUCCUCCUCCUUCCCCUCCUACUCCUCCUCCCCCUGACCUCACGCUGCUGGGACCCCAAAGCCCCAAGAGCCCCCGGCGGCCUGCGUUCCGGGCAGCUCUUCGUCCCCAGCUGCCGCCCGAACACCAGGGUUCCCUCCGGGCUCACCUGCCAGCCCGGCUGCCUGAAGGAGAUAGGGCCAAGGAGACCACUGUGCGCAGCUCCUGUGUCCAGCGUAGGACCCCCAACCCAGGCCCUGCUGAGGCCACCUGA